UCGGAUCUCAUUCAAGUCGUAGGGCUUCCACUCUCUCUCUCUCUCUACUUGGCAACUCGAAACAGAGCAGUCCCAUGGCAGAAAACAACCGAUGAUGGCGGCGGCGGAUAUGGCCGGAAAGCCUGAGGCGGAGAAUCCCUGCUGUAGAGCGUGGAAGGAGAAAUACUCGAAGCUAGAACAGAAGCGGUUUGCACUACGGCAAGCCGUCAACAUCCUUACACCACAAAUCGAUGCGAUUCAAGCUGAGAAUGCCAAUCUCAAGAAAGAAUAUGAGGAGGAGCAGGCACGAGCGGACACUGAGAAAGAAGGGAGACUGAAAGAAUCGAUAGCUAGAGUAUCUUUGGAAAACGAAAUCUCCGCCUUGAAGUCUGAGAUCGCUUCAUUACAGAAGAAAGCAAGAACAAGUUCUCUAGAUAGAGAUCAGGAAGUGAGGCUUCUUCAAGAUCGUGUUUCUGAAAGGGAAAAAGAAAUCAAUCACCUUAAGGAACUUCUUGAGAUGGAGAAAAAAAGGGCAGAUACCAAGAGGAAGGAUGAUGAGAAGUAUAGGCUUCAGCUGGAGGUAUUGAAGAAAGAAGCUGAUGAAGCAAAAUCAAAGUUGGCUGCUGAGACAUUAAAUUUAGAACAAGCAAACAAAAAACUUGAAGCAGAAAAAAGGAAGGCUAUUAAAGAGAGAAAGCAUGCAGAUUCGGAGAUGGCUAAAGCAGAGCAGCAGAGGAAGCUUGCUGAAGCUAAUGGAAAGAAGGUCGUUGAAGAAAAGUGUCGUGCUGAAAACUUGUUGCAACAGUUGGAAGAGAGUAGACAAAGGUUAGAGGCUUUACAAAAGGAGAUACAUAAAGUUUGGUCCUCAAGAAAUUUGGCUCCUCCAGUUGGCCAAGAUGAUAAUAAGUUGAGUCCUGAGUCUAUGAAAACGGAAAAUAGGCUUCAAGUGGAUGAACCAAAAUUGGCUUUGGAUCUCUUGAAAGAGUCCAACAAAAACUUUGAGGUUGAAAAACAGAAUGCAAUUAGGGAGAAAAAACGUGCAGAGUCAGAGAGGGUGAAAGCAGAAGAGCAGAAAAAGCUUACGGAAGUGAAUUGGAAGAAGGCCAUGGAAGAAAAAUUGCGUGCUGAUCAGUUGUCUCAGCAGUUACAAGAAGCUAGAAGAACGAUUGAGGAAUUGCAGAAGAAGAUGCAUGAACUUAUGUCCUCUAGAAAGUUUGUUGAGGGAUCUGCUGUAUCACCUAUCAAAGCCAUCACUUCUGAAAAUGCGAACCUGAAAUUUUUGAAGAAACAACUAAAGCUUGAGAAAAUGCAAGUAAAGCAAGCCAAACAAGUGGCUAAGUUGGAAAAAAGUCGUAAUCGUAUCCUACAACAAGAACUUGGUUGCUUGAAGCUGGAGUUUGAUCAGUUUGCACGUCGCCUAGAUUUACUGAAUAAGUCAUUCUCGCCCAGUUCUGAAGGUAUAGAUGACCUUGAAAAGAUUGCAUAUAUGCAGAGGUUAAACAUGAAGAAGAAGAAGCACUUUAGAUUGGAACCAUCUUGGGCACACCUUCAAAGUGACAAUGAAGUUGUGAGGCCUAGCUGCAUAGCUACGGAUGCCUCUGGUCCUUUCAGGCAAAGUCUACAACAUUCUGUACCAUUGCUACCUACACCUGGAGGGAAUUUUGCUGAAUCCAUUUCAGGUAUUAAUUAUAAAUUGGAGUGUCCACUUGGAUGCUCUAACUGGAAAAUGAUACAGACUUCUGCAAUAAAUUCUAGUACGGCAUCUUUUUCUGAUGGACAGUUGAUGGGCUCACAGGAAAGGGGUGCUUUUUCUGUAACAACAUCUGCGAAAUUGGCCAAAGAUAACUUGAAUGCAGAACCAACAAUAUCCAACUUGUCUGGUGAAGUUACUAAAUUGAGGUGCAGUGAAAAAUCUGCUGAGGUGGCUGAAAAUAAUGUCAAAAUAUCUGAUAGCGACGACAUUGGAAGAGUUUGUGAGCAUAUUAGGAAGAGAAAGAGGGUACUUGAUUCUGUUGAAUCCAUUGAAUAUUUGUAUUCCAAGGGUAGGAAGUUGCAUAUGCAGAUAGAAGAGAAGCUAUCAUUUUUGCAUAGUAUGUUAGGCAGACAACUAGACAACUCCUUGGAAGAAGGAAGAUGUCUGGCUUCUAAUCUGCAAUGCGUUCCACAUGCUAAGCUUGACGGAUUGCACAAGAAGAGGAAGGUAUCUCAUGAAGAUGUAAUUGCAAAGCAUUUUUGUGAUGUUGAUGAGCUAAAGAACACUGAAAACGUUGAAACUGAAGUCCAUGAGGAUGCAAGUAAUCUUGAAACUAUGGGAAGUUUUGAGGAGGUGGCUGAUGGUGACUAUAUGAAGCUGCUGGACUUGGAUAAUGCUGAUGAGGAAAGGUACAGGAUGGCAUUGAAAAUGCCCCUCUCACCAACUCUUCCUAAUAUUAACUUUCACGGCGAUGAAAUCGUUGAUGUGAAUAAUUCUGAAGCUUUACUAGAGAAAGGGGCCAAUGAAGGAUUGUCAACUGAUAAAGAAAGUCUGUUGCCUACACAAAGCUUUGGUGUCAUUGACUUUGAGAUUAAUUCCAAUAAGCUAAAACAUAAUGUUCUAGGAACUUCCCAUAAUCUAUUACUGCAUAAGAAUGUUGGCCCUGCCUGUUCCUUUGCUGUCAAUGGGAAUGGUUGCAGUACUCCAGAGGCAGAAAAAACUAGUUCUCACCAGAUCUGGGACUCUGGUCUGGUGGUGGGCAUGUCAAAUGUGCCUAUAUCAAGAGAUGAGGAAGUUAAGUUUCCAUUUGAAAGUGAACUUGGAUCCACACAUGACAUUAUUCCUGCAUAUUGUGUUGUGUUUCCUAAUAUGAGGGAUUGUAGCAUCAUUUCUAGGAUACUUGGUGCUGCGAAAACAUGUAUAGCUCGGUGCUGUUUGCUUUCUCAAACAGAGUGGGUGGUGCCAAAGAUUCUGCUUGCUCUUAAGAUGGAACAAAAUCUUUUACUCAUGGAAAAGGUCUGUGUUUUCUUUACAUUGUUGCUGCUCAAUCUGUCCCUGGCUGCUCCUAGGAAGUUUGGGAAAUAUUUGAAUAGUGAUUCCAUACUCUGCAUGGAUUCUUUCUCUCGGCACAUGCGUGCAGCGAUGUCUGAUUUGGAGACAAGAAGCAUGUUUGAAGAUUUCGGUUUUUUGGAUGAGCUACUCAGUCUGAUUGAGGAAUUCCUUAUAGAUGGAAGAGUUAUGGUUUAUAAUAAGACAUCUUCUGAGACAGUUAUAGGGGGUGAUUCAAGAAUUGAUUUCGUCCUGGAUGGUGUAAAUAUAAUGUUGUUGUAUGAAUUUGCUUCUACUGAUCAGUUGGUGGCUGGGAGCAUUAUAUUAGCAUCAAUAUGUGCAGCUGUUGACCAAAUUGGUAUUAUUUGUGAGGCAUCCUAUAACAUCUUCCGGAGGCAUGCCAGUGAUUCUUCAUUGGUGCUAACUAUCAUUCAUGUUUUUGCUUAUCUGGGUGGUCAGAAGUUUUUCAGCCUCAGAAAUUAUGCUUUGAUGAUGACUGUCUUGAAAUCAUUAGUAUUAUUACUUGAGGGAGUAAAUUUAUCAGGUGAUGCUGCUUCUUGUCCUUCAUUUGUAAGCCAGGUUCAAAGUCAGUUCCAUCCAUGCACCAAAUGCCCAUUUUCAGAGGGUGCUGUUUCUGUAGAUACUGCAACAUCAUUGCUCAUAGAAUUGCUCCAGAAUUGCGCUGCAUUGGGAACCACAAAUAUUGAUGUGAUUAAAUCAUGUAAUUCAUUGAAUUCCAGAGUUCUUUAUGACAACUUUAAAUCUGAACAAGGCUUGAGCCAUGAAGGGGUCCAUUAUGUCUCUGUCAUGAAUUGUGAUGCCUCCUGUUCUUUGGACAAGUAUGAUAUACCCACUACUCAAUCAGACUCCAUUGUUGAUGUGACUCUCUGCCGCCUUAGUGAUAUUUUGUCAUUGGUGGAGCUGCUUGCCUGCAGCAUGAGCUGGGACUGGACAAGCAUCAAAAUGGUCCCUCAACUGUUGAAAAUUUUGGAGUCGUGUGUUUUGGAGAACUUUGCUGCUGCUAUUAUUGUUCUCCUUGGACAACUUGGGAGGCUUGGAGUUGAUGCUGGCGGAUAUGAAGAUAAAGGAGUUGAAAACUUGAGGUGUAAUUUGUCUGUUUUUCUUAGUCGCGAUGCCACCAGAAAAACAGGUCUUCCCAUUCAAAUUGCCACUGUUACUGCUCUGCUUGGGCUUCUUCCUCUUGAUUUUGAAACACUAGUUCAGAGAAAUGUGAAGAUUCAGGCAACUGCAAGUCACUCUGUUCUUGCCGAUUCUGUGACAAAGUGGUUUUCUUUGCUGAGCAAGGAGCAACAGGACUUGUCACUAAAGCUCUUACAAACAGCUGGUGCGAAAAAGAAAUAGCAACUGAGAUACUCCAGAGCUAUAAAACUUGGUAUUUCACUCCUGCUAUGAUAUUCUGACCUGUGUUUGAAGUGGGAAGUUCUUUAUGCAAGUUUAUUCUAUUAGGGCUGAAGUAAAAAAAUUUGAUGGAUUUUGCGAUUGAGAACUAGUAUUUCUCGGGAAGAUGAAGAUUUUGGGACAGCUUAUGCAAAGGCAUUCUUUUUUUUUUUUUUUUUUGGGUUAAAAAAAAACUUGUUUGCUCAUUUGCUGGGGAAAUUUUUGAUCUUUUAACCACCAUAUGCGGUUGCAUCAUGUCUCAGCUCACCUGUUUCCCAAACGUGUAAAUAUUUGUGAAUCAUCGUUUGGAAUAUCAGUGAAACAGUUUGAUGUUUCAUGGUUGCUAGAUUUUUGGCAUCUUUACUACAAGCUUUCUUUGUUCCAUUUGGCGGCAAUCUUGUUGAUUUAAGGCUUUCAUGGUACUUCGAGUUGGAAUGCUUAAUGAGGUUUCAAUGGAGAUGCUUUUUCUGGGCAAUUUUGUGAUUCACUGAGCAACUUUACCGGGGUUUCUGGUAUGUUUUUGGUGUUAAGGUUUUCAUUACCAGCUUGCAUUAUUGUUCCUUUUUUUUAUUUUUUAUUUUUUUUAUUUCCAUUCCAUUUAUUUUGUUUCUUGUACGGGUCAAUGCUUGUAAGAUAAAUGAAUAGAGCUUUAGAUCGUUACCGUUUUCUUGUACAUGUUUCUUCAUGUCAUUUAUUAGUUUUAUGCUUUCAAUGCAGGCUUUAUGUGCUAUUUGUUGUUCCUCA